ACAUUUUCAUCAGGCAUGUGAAAGGGCAGCCGGGGGUCCUUAGCAGUCGUGAGGGAAACACUUUGCACGGAGCAGUAAGAAGUUCUGCAGGGAAGGUCAGGAUGGUGCAGAAAAUAUUCAAUAAGUUCGUCGGAGCCAAGUACAUUACGAUUCUAAGGACAUGGGUACCAAACAUGGUGGCCUGGGGGUCGGUGGGCGGCGUGGCACUCAUCCACUUCACAGACUGGCGGUUAGUCCUUGACUACGUGCCAUACAUUAAGGGAAAGUUCCGCAAAGAUGACUGAAGCCUUUUUCUGAAACAUUUGGCCAGGACAUAUUUUGGGACGGGCACAAGGAUGGACGACUUCCACUGGGCCAGUUAAAAUAAUCUACUGAUGUGCAGAAGAGACUUGUUAUAGGAUGCACACUGUGUACAUUUUUGGACCUAUGAGUAUUUAAAUAUAAAUAAAUCUUGAAGUGUA